AUGGUGCAGCCACACGUCCCUGCAAACACACCAUCGCCCCACGCUGAAACUCACCCAGCAGCCAACUCAGACAGCACCGUACAGCAAGCAAUGGCACAGACUGGCUCUGCUACCACACCUUCCUCUCCUUCGAUCCCAGCUACGUCUGCGCUGCAAGCAUUACCAUCUGCAAGCUCCCUGUACAGCCACUCUUCACCCACAUCGUCCCAAGUCGUCUCCUCCGCCCAUAGUCGCAGUGCACCCCUCGCACUCCCACUUGCAGCCUCCCUCUCGCUCCCUCGACCAGUCUACCGUACCACUCCCACCCUCCCGUCUUCAAGACCCAAACUGCGCUCCUCCUUCACCACCGCCACCGCCGCCUCCUCGUCAGCAGCUGCCUUGGGUAGACGACCCAAAAGGACUAGGAUACGAAUGAGGUGGUUGCCCCCGCCUUCACCUCCGCCCGCACCUCCUCCCGUUCCUGGCUCCGAAGAGGGGGGACAAGCAGCAGGAGGGGCCGAUGCAUCAGAGGUUGGCAGAGAUGCGAGUGCACACCCGGCAAAAGUCAUCCUACCUGCCAUCUUCCCAACGAGGGAAGAAGCGGAAUGCUGGGCUAGGGUGUAUAUUGGUGCCGAGGACGCGGCGCUGGCUAGGAGGCUGGCGGUGAUCACUAGGAUCAAGGGCGAUGUACAGAGAGGAGAAGGAUCAGGAGGAGGUGGUGGAACGGUUGUGGGAAAUGAUGAUGGAAAUAGAGAAGAGGAGCGUGAAGAGGCUGAUGAUGAUGAUGUUGUUGAAGAGGAGGAGGAAGAUACCUCUGUCAAUCAGGAGACACAGGAGGUGCCUUUGCUUGGAAAGCAGAACGAGGCUACAAAGACUGCCAAAGGUCCUCGUAAGAGGGCACCUGAUAAACCAUGGCUCGUACGCUCGGGAAAUAACAAUUGCUUGGGCGAUUUAGUGCUACAAUGUACCUCUCACAAGCGCACGAGGUGUAAAUGGAAGCUGGUCAUCUCUCAACAUAUCAAGGAUGCAGAGGCAGAAGCACUCUUGUCCUCACACGAUACCCUCUUGUCAACAUCCACCGCAACUUCGACUACCCCAAGUACAACCUCUUCCUCCCUCCAUCCCCAUCCCCAAGGACGCAACAACGUCUCCGUCUCCGUCUCCACUUCCACCCCGUCUUCCUCCUCCUCUUCCUCUCCACACUACUACCAACUCUCCAACCCCAUCUCAACCCACUCUCUCAUGUGCAUGCGCGGACCAUCCUACGCGCAAUACUUGCCUGAAUUUAGGAAAUGGAUGAGGGAAAAACAGGAGAGGAAAGAGAGACCGGCCCUUUCGGCUAAAGAGGAGAGGGAGUGGUUGAUGGCUUUUGCUACGAGGUGGGAAGAGGGGAGGAAGAGGGGGAGGGGAGCUCGCUUGGAUGAGGUUUGCGAGCAGGUGAGGGAAGAUGGAAGUUCCAUCGCUGCUGGUACUACACUCACCGACGGAACUCAGCAAGCCGCGAGAAACUGGACCCCUCUGGGCACGGCCGAGCCGAACAGAGCCUCCACGUCCAUCUCCGAGCAACCGCGUCAAGAAGAAGACCAAGUCUCUUCCGACUACGAGCCUCUUUCACACGACGAGCUCCCACACGACGACGAAGUGGACUUUUUCGCCGAUCUUGACGACUCUUUCACGAGUACUACGGGACAGGAAGAGAGAAGAGGCCAGCUCUCAGCGGUUGUCAGCAUGGGGACGGACAGACAAACGGACGAGAGCGGUGCACUGGGAGCGCUGCAAGAUCGCACCAGUCGAGCGAGCUCUUAUGAGACUACACCCAUCGACGGGCGUUCAAGCUAUACAUCCGGCCAGCGCAGUGGUGAACUCUACCCCUCGCAUCGCAAGCAGCAUUGGACGCACGAGCGAAGAGAGGUCUUGCAACACUGGGACUGCAGCUAUCUCGCCACGUUCCUCCUCUCUGGCUGCUCCACUUUCAUCGAGGGCGACGUCAAUCUCGACAUGCACCCACCCAGUGUCAACAUCGGCGACUUCUCCCUCAAGUUCAGUCUCAGCCUCGACCUCGACCUCGAGAUGGAUUGCCUCCGCGGCAAAUCACACGUUCGCUGGCGGGCCCUUCUCGUCUCCUCCAUCUGGCCCACUUCGGCCCUUUGCUCCUCGUACGCCCACUCCCAGCCACAGACGCUCCGCUACUGGUGGGCAUCCGAGCCUGUCAAGACGCUCUGUGUCGCUCUGGAGCCACACUUUGCUGGCGUGAGCAAGUGGGUGCAGGAGCGAAUGCGGGAGCGAGAGAGCAGUGAGGGCGGAAUGCUAAGACAAGCAGACAAGCAGGGCAAGCACGAAGAGCGAGACCACCAUUACGAGCACCACCACUUCCAGCAAGACGAGAAGCUCGGGCGUGGCUGUGCCUGUGCCUGUGGCUACGGCUACGGCUACCGCUACCGCUACGACAUCAACGGGGAGGACGCAUCCUCCUUCGAACCCUACUUCUUCCCCGUCCCGCUCUACAACGUCAACUGGCUCAAAACAGGGCAAGCAAACUCAGGAUCUGCCCCUUCUCCUUCUUCCUCGUCGUCGUCGUCUUCAAGCUCUGGAAGCGAUAGAGAAAGCAGCAGCGGCAGUGACCAAUCCAGCAGCGCCAGCAUGGGCUCAAGCGGCGAAACCGCUACAUCUACACGUCCACGUCGACUUCCAAGAGCCAGUGCCAGUGCCAGUGCCAGUGCCAGUGCCAGUGCGAGCACCGAGACUGGUGGCGAGUGGAGCGAUGGCUUCCUCUUCGUCUGGCCUUCUCCACGCAACGCUAGAGCCAGGUGUUCUUGGGAGUUAUUGGAAAGAUGUGCGAAGAAGGAGGAUCGAGACAGAUUGAGAUUGAAGACAAACACAUCAAGUAGGACUGCAAGAAGUGAGGAAGAUGAGGGUAGUGGCGCUAGGUCGAGCCACUUGCCCUCUACAUCGACUCUGGACGCCGUCAAACCUCCCAGUGUCAUCUGCUUCUACAGCGAGCUGCACCUUCUCUGUCCAACUCUAGAGAGCUUCCAGGGGAGGUAUCACCUGCUUGUUCCCAUCGACGAGAAACAGCACCAGAGGCGGCAGCAAGAGCCCAACCGAGAGCAGUCGGCGACCACAGAUCCAUCGGCUGCACCGGCCUCGUCCAGUGAGCACAGCUCCCCUCCACCAUUCUCUCCGGCUGGUCCCGACGGCGCCACUACUGCAGCCACUACCAUCUCGCGUUCGACUUCGACCUCGACCUUGAACACGGCUCUACCUCGGAAUUUCGCUCGCAAGGCACCAGCAGCUCCCUCACGAGUAGGAGCGCAGCUCGGAACGAUGGGCGGAGCUGGACCUGGGGCUGAAGCGACGCUACUUCCGACGCGGGAGAGGACUACAGUCGAGCUGCACACGCUUGUGCCUUGCACGCUGGAUGAGCUGAGGGCACGCUUGAAGCCAGACCUGCUCGAGGCAAGAGGAGGUGGCGCUCGUGCGCCGGCUUUGGACUUGGACUCUGGAGAGAGGAGGGGAGAAGUGCACACGGACACGGACAUGGACGAAAUACCAGCAGGGCGUCACUCCCACUCCCACUCCCACUCCCAGUCUCGCCCCAGUACCUCUCCUCAAUCAGCAGCUGCGUCUCCCACUCCCACUGCUCCUGCUCCUGCUGCUGCUGCUGCUCCUCCUCCUCCUCCCCCUAGGAGCAACAUCAACUGGUCCUCCUUCUCGCAAUGUCUGCACAUCUGGAAACCGAGCACCCUCUCCCUCACACGCUUGCUAGAGGAGAUGCCUGAGUUGAGGGUAGAGUGGGGUUUGACCUCGCUUGUUAGGUCGGGCUCGGCUGCCGGCUUGGGUACGGGCUUGGGUUUGGAUCUGGAGAGGGGGUCUGUUGAGGGGCAGCGAGAGGAGGGUGGGGAGGGUGGAAGUGGGAGUGGAAGUGGUGGGAACGCAAAGACGAGGAGGAAGGGUAGGCGAAGGGGGUCUUCUAGAGAUGGAGCUGGAGCUGGCGCUGGCGCUGGCGCUGGGGAGGGAGCUGGAGGUGAGGUGGGAAGGAGUAAGAAGAAGAGGAGGAGACUGGGCGAGGCGUGA